GUGUUGGCGUCCAGCUCUAUCAGUACUUGGUGUAAUGGCUAUAUAUUGCACAACGCUCUAGAGCUGUAAUACAUAGGCGUCCAGCGCUGGUCAGUACGGGAUGGAUUUAUACGAUAAAGGAUGGUCAGUCUAGUAAACAAGUAUCAAACGCAUGCGCUUUAUGUGGUCUGAAGAUAAGUGGUUUACGUUGUGUGUACUUGUACUGUGAAGUGAACAGAAGAUAAGUCUAACGCGGGCCACUGAGAAUAACUUUGGAAAUAUAUUAAAUUAUUUUGUGAUUCGUGAAAGGAAUAUACUUCAUCCGUCCAAAACGUUGGUUCAUCUACUUAAAACAUAUUGAGGUUUUAAGAUAUCCGUCUUGGAAAGGGACAAGUCCAUUAUUUUGUUUAUGGAGAAUGCUAGAUUUUGACAAGAUAUACGAACUGACAAGCGCCCCUUGGAUGGAUAUCAUGCUGCAAUUGAUGACGUCAUACCGAGUAUCAGAGAAGGCAAAUCACGUGUCUCAUAAAAUAGAAUGAGUGUGUCGUGUAUCAACCUGCAAAGCACGCAAUAUUAAAGGAACGUCGAAAGUAGAUAGAGUAACCAUAUGACGUGUCAAAGGAAUGCUAAGUAUUCUAGAUGAGAAACUACAUUUCUCUAGGGACAGUUGACCUUGUGUUAAAGGUCACGGUAGCUUUGUUAAGCUGUGAGGUAAUAUGGGGUGCUUCCGGCACGCGCUUCACCAAUUGUGGAGGUUUUCUAAAUGCAUCGAAAGGGGUUAUACAAUCCCCAAACUUCCCUAAUCCGUUCCCUACCCCUAUUCUUUGUGAAUGGGUGAUCAAAGCCCCUCUCGAUAAAAAGGUUAUGAUAUAUUUUACACAAUAUUACUUAAGGGGACAUUUUCAUGUUUUUGAAUAUGACUACUAUAAGGAUCCAGGCACACCCUAUGCGGGAGAAAAGAAACUUGCCACGGUCAAAUACGAGGAAAAUAUCUGGGGAGUCGCCGGUCAUAAACAGUAUGUUGUGCUUCGGUUCUCUGUGCAGGAGAUGGGAAACAUACAUAUGCGCGUGCUGGACCAUUUCAUGGAUGUGUAUGGUUUCAAUAUUACCUAUGAAUUUGUUGACAAACAGAGUAACAUCACGAAAAACACGUGCUAUGUCCAGUCGUGUUCCUUUCUGGGGAACUGUAUCGCCACUGCGGACUUUUCUGUUUAUCAGUGUGAGUGUUUCAAGGACUACUUUGGUGAUAUGUGUCAGUUUGGACCACAUUGCGAUCCGCUCAACAACAUCAACAUGUGUGAAAAUGGCGGGAAAUGCAGAUACUUUUAUGGAACCUAUGUCAACUAUUGUGAGUGCGCUGAGGGUUUCUAUGGUACAAAGUGUGAGGAGACUGGCGACAUCAUGUCAGAAAGAUGCAAGAUCCUAGAUUGUGAACAAACUUGUAUUAACGACAAAUGUUCCUGCUGGGAAGGAUUCCGAUUAAACAACGACAACCGAACGUGUAAACAUAUAGAGCGAUAUCGAGUGACAGUUUCGAUUCACCCUACAGCUGAUUUUAUCUCGAGCUGGAUGACGUCAUCAGUCGACAUGUUGGUGAAAGGGAUAGAAGAAAGGAUGUAUGUCGAUCUAUUUACAAAGUUAUGGAACCAAGGUUUGGAUACAAUGGACAAAUUCGGAAUUCUCGGUUUCAGUAACACCACCACGGGAAUCGAGUUCAAGUUUUUUUUCUACUUUGAGAAGUACGAGACUUCAAAAUUAGGUCCAAUACUUGAAGGUACCAUGACAACGGGAAGCAUUGGGCCAGUAGAUUUAGCAGACAGAUAUGUCCACUAUUUGCUGGAGCCAGAGCUGCAUGUUGCCCGGGUGACAAGUUGGAUAAAGGGCAAAGAUGUCUACCCCAUUAUACAGGGAAACGAUCUAACUUUGUCAUGUGAAGCGAGAGGAUCCAAGAAUCUUAAGUUCAGGUGGUUUAAGGAUAAUGCUCCAUUCGAACCCCAGUUGUCUACUCGAGAUGCCUUCCAGUCUAGGAUACCCUCUACAACAGAGGAGACCAUUAGGUCUGUGAUGCGGAUAGACAAAGUCAGCCCAUUUGACAAAGGAAAAUUCACAUGUGAAGCAUCAGAUUACGGCGAAGUUCAGAACAAGUCUAUCUCAAUUGACGUCAUCACAUUUCCGUUAGUUGACCUAGAUCCUUUAUCCACAUCGGUACGUCAAGGGGCCAAUGUUACAGUACGUUGUAUGUCACCAGACGAUACCCAGAAUAAGUUCCAGUACGAGUGGUUUGAGAACGGGUAUACGAUUCCAAAUGGAAAAAAUGGUAAACGUGUAGAGGAUCUGAAACCAACGGGAAUUCGCCUCUUCGUACGAAACAUGCAGCAAGGAUCUGUUUUCACAUGUCGUGUCACCAACAAAGCAGGCUCAGUAAACGUCACUGCGCAUGUCUACGUGUGGCCAGCUAAUGCGACCUCGUCCUUUUGUGAGAAAUCCUACGUGGCUGAUGUUGAAUGGAGACGCACAGGAGGUGGUCAUUUUGACAAGCAGCGUUGCCCAGCAGAGCCUACAGAAACUGGAGAGAUAUUACAAACAGAUUUCAGUAAAUAUGGCACUAGAGACAAUGGUUAUACAACUAGGACAUGUUACUGUGACAAUGGAGCCACCCAUUGUUCCUGGAAUAGGCCUAACUUCGCUAAUUGCCAAUCGCUUGUUCUCGUCCAGAUAUAUGACCAGUUUGAGAUGUUGCGCCUUGGAUAUCAGCUUGCCUCAAUUAAAUCAAUUUAUGAUGAGCUGAACCAGUUUGUUGCAAAACGAAAGAACAGUUUGUAUGCUGGAGAUGUUGAAAUGGCCGCAAGUCUACUCUAUGAGCUUCUGAACUUGAUGAGGAAUGUUCCAUCUUUGGUAAAACGCGAUGAGAAGAUUUCAGUUGUGUCAAUUGUGAACGUACUGGAUCUCAUGCUGUCUGAGACGUCAGAGGCAUCAAUAGAAGAACUUCGGAUAUUGCAUGCCGGGAAGACUUUUAUUAGGACUGUUGACCUCCUCGCAGGUGGUCUUACGUCAUUUCUCGAUUUCGACAUCCGGGUACCGAUCUUUACCAACCUAAUUGAACUCAAUGUGAAGGAGAUAAGUGUCGGAAUGGACGGAAGUUUUCCGACGCAGCAACCGGAAAUAUCCACAAGGAGAGGGACUCAUGGGAUGAUCGGGACACGUGGAACAAGGGAAACGUUAUCAGAUAUACACGGUCCGAUGGCUGUGAUGGAUGUGCGUUAUGCUACACUAGAAUCUCUCCUGAAACAGAAAGCAAUGCGCACAAGCAUGCGGACAAACUUGGCUAUCUCCGACAUUCAUUCUAUUUAUCCAUAUCCUGCCGAUCGAUACAUAGGACGGAAUCUCCACACCGAAAUCACAAUAUUCCAUAGAAACCAGUCCGAUAUCAAAAUAAAUAACAAAACAAUAUGUCUCGCAUGGCAAUUCGAUGAGAGCCAACAAGACAAAGGGACAUGGAGCACGGACAGCUGUAUUGUGGUUAGGACGAGUAUACAAUCUACUGUGUGUAGGUGCCGUAUUCCCGGGCAUUUUCUCGUGGUGGCAUUAGAGAAAAACAUCACAAUUUUACCUGUUCUUGAUGCCAAAACUUCUAACAUCUUAGUCCUGGCCGGAAGUAUCAUAAUGCUGUGUGGCAUAGCAGCCACGCUCAGUAUUUAUCUUCUCAAAUGGAGGCAGCUAAUUGGUGGGGAAUACGUUAUUAACCUCAACAUGCUAUUAAGCCUGCUGGCCUUGACCUUUGUAUUUCUCGCAUGUCUCUACAAACCCGAUCUGUUCAUCAUAUGCUACAUUUGCCAAAUCCUGACAUAUUUUUUUCUGCUCUCCUCAUUUGCAUUCCUUUUUGCCGAAUCCGUGUUCUUUUUCUUCAAUGCGUACAGCGAGAAGAGAGCGUACAUCGGUACCUAUAAAUAUCUUCUGAUUGGAUGGGGAAUUCCAUUUGUACUUACUCUGUUCUUCGUUAUGGCAUCAGAGGUGUUCGGGAAAAGUAAAGAAUGUUUGAUGCUCUGCUGGCUUACUCGAGCAGAUUGGCAGUUUUACGGGUUUCUCAUUCCAGUUACUUUAUUUGUUAUCGUACGGUUAUUUAUACUCAUGAUCACAAGUUUGAGAAUGUGCACAACAUCGACUGAAGAUUGGAGGUUUAGUAAAAGACGCAAAUUAGCACUACGAUACGGGAAAUCAUUGUCUUUAUUGAUUCUACUCCUAUGUAUCAGCAUAUUAUCAAUGGAUCUCGCCGAUGGUGAUAAGUUAGAAAUCGUCAUUCUCCUCUUCAUCUUUAAAACUCUUAUUGCAUUGUGUGUGUUUGUGCAUAAAGGUAUCUUGGAUAGACAGCUAUUGAUAGUGUUCUGGAAGAUGAAUACUAAGAAGUAUAGAAAGAGAGACAGUGGAAUAUCAUGUGACGAGAAACCAGCAAACAAUGCGUUUCGAACAUUCAUAAAGCCAGAGAAAAUCGAGGUUGAAAGGACAAGCAAAGAACAACAAAGUGUUAACAAAUAUUACGACGAAGUUGACCGACUUAAAUUUACAAAGGAAAGGAAACGUCAACUGUCUUCUUUACUCGGCAGUAGCUCGGUUGCCACCAAUCUCAGUGUUGUAAGUGCCGCUUACCUCCGUCGUGACAGGCAUGGUGAUCUCAAUGGUGCUGAUAGUGGCAUAUACGUGGGGUCAGAAAACGACAAGUAUUUAACAAAUCUCUCAUUAGAUUCAACACCAUCUGCAUCCAUGUCUAAUAAUAAAACAAGUUUUCUAGCUCAAGCAAACGUCCAUUCAAACAUAUCUCGGCAAUAUGAAGGUAGUGCUAUGUUUGAUAUGCCUACAUAUACCGAUUCGGUGGAUGAGGGAUUUUCACCAGAGAUGUAUCCGCUUCAAAAUCUAAACAAUCGCAAAACAACAGCAGCAAGUGCAUAUGCUGACGAAAACUCAUCGGCGGGCGAAGAGGUAUUCCGUCUCCUGAGCUCAGAUCAAUCAGAUGUUGAAGAGGAUAUAUAGUCAUUCGUGUGUUAGUAUUGUAUAUUUAUUAAGGUUUCUUUACCCAAACAUCCGUUAUGAAAUGAAAUCCAUAUAAUGUCUGCCGGAUGCCGGUUAUUUAAAUCGUUUGCCUUACGAAUGUGUCUAUGCUGUUUUAUAUACAUAUAUUGUCCCGUUUUCUGUAUCGAAGAUCCGUCAGAGUGCUUUAUGUCUACAUGUUUGAAAUAUUGAUAUAUUUAUAUUAGUUUUAAAUGACGAUGAAUACUACUAAAAUCAUAUAGAAUUACAAUUUUAAUAUACAAUUGAUUUGUGUCGUGAAAAUGCUCAAGUGAUGUUAUUUGUUUUAUUCUUAAACACAGAUAUGUGGAUAUUUCUUUUAACAUGUUUGCUUAUAUCUAAAUUGAUUCAGAAAAUCUGGCUACAAUUUUAUUCACAAUUGAUUACCGUGAUUAGAAAAAGUGCCUUCCACCUUUCAGAAAUGUUAAUGACCUAUACAUCGAUUUUGGUCAGCGAUAUGUAUAUAUCGGUUCAUACAGAUGUACUGUAAAAACAAUUUUUUAAGUGGUAAUCUUAUUUCAGCGAUUUUCGCGUUGAAUUCUUUCAGCUAAAGAAGGAUUCUUCUAAUUGCUGUUUCUGAAUAUCUUAACAAAAAAUAUUGCAGGUUCACAAAUUCAUAUUUUAAUAAUAAUCUUAUAUUGUCGCUAUUCAAACUAAAAUCAUUCAACAAAAUUUAUGAUUCAGCUAAUUGUAGUUACAAUAUUUAUUUUAUGAAAAGUAUUGUGGGUGCGCCAAUUCAUAUUUAAGCCGUUAUCUUAUUUUAGCGGUUUCUAGUUCUAAUUGUAGUUUUUGCAUACUGUUUUCUACGGCAGGUAUCUUUGAUGUCGUGCUGAUCUUUUUUAAUUCAAUGAUGCGCUAAAAUUUGAUUGUGACAAAAAUACAUUAACAGUACCAUCCAAUAGUAAGAUCUGUUACUACUCAAAUGACCUUAAGAUUAUAAAAUGACAAGGGAUUUGAGUAUGUUUGAUCUAUAAUAAUCCGUCGAUAUUAUUGUUUAACUAGACCCAGUGAUUACACAUCAUCCAAGCUUUCUUUCUGAAACUGAUAGUCUCAAUCACUGUUGAAGCAUUUAUAUAAAAUCCGUCUUUUUUGUUUGUUUGUGGUUUUAUAGCUUCAUCGUGUCAUUAUAUAUUGACUUGAUUGAUUUAUCUGUGAUAUUUCGUAUUAUGCUACUAUGAUACACGAAGCUUCUUAUAUGUUGCGUACCUUUGCUCAAACAUAAUGAAAUAAGAAAUGAGAAUAGUAUUUUGUUAAAAAAAGAAAACAUGCAUUUCAUAUUGUGCUUGUUGAUCUAAAAUACUUUGCAGUUUUGAGUAACCUUUAAACAGUAUUUGAAAGAUGCGUUGUUGAUCUUUGAAACUGAUCAAUGUUUUGUUCUCAUACCAAUUAGACAGACAGAUCGAUGUCGUCCGACGCACAACAACUAUUUUUAAGUCGGGUAUUUAAGCGAAUAUUUUUAUAUCUUCACUUCCAUAGAGUCUACGGCCGAAUCUGAAGUUCUCGUAAUAAUUUAUGAUAUGUCAGACAACUGUAUUUCUCCAAGAAAGAUUAUUCUACAAAAUAUAUCAUUUUUCAUUGUAGAACAAAUAGUCUUAAUAUAUAGUACCUUUUGAAUCAAAAGUUGAUAAUAUUAAUUGAAAAUGCAGAAUAUAUCUACUAUGUGCCCAUACAGAAAAGAUAAAUGCAUUAUAGAAAUGAGGAGGGGAAAAACUUUACCUGUAUCUGUAUAUAUUUAAUAUACGUUAAUCGUAUCCCCCAUUUAAAUGUGGGGGACAUAUUGAUUUCGGUCUUUUUUUCUUAUUUUUUUUUUUUUUCAUUAUCAUUUUCUUCAAUUUCUAUCGGCGAAAACGGUUCCGGCGUGUUUCUCUCAAACGGUAGAGCGUACGAAAUUUACUUGAGUGUUUGUGUAUGACCGGCGGUGCCCAAAAGUAUUUCUAUUUUUCUAUCGCUCAUCCGGUCAACCCGACAUAGGCCUCUGAUUGGUCGAAAUUUAGAAAAUUUCCGAUUUUCAUGAAAUUUGGUAUAUAGUGUAGUAUGACACUACCAAAACUGCUUCGAUAUCAACUACCUUUUAUAUGAUAACUGGUGUCUGUGGAGGGCGUUUCAAUUAUUACUUGACCAUUGUUGUUUUAUGGUAUGCUAUUUAAACCACUGUUUUAAUCGACGUUCUAGUCCAAAUAUAUAAUGGACAUUCCAAUGUACUAUUAUAUGGAACACUUGCAUAACACUUACAAGAAAUGCGUAUAUAUCAAUAUAUUUAUAUAUAUUCGUGCCAAAUUCAUUGCAUGGAAUAGAAUAUAUACCAGACCAUAUACAUAACAAUAUAUUACAACGAUGACAAUCAUAUUACCUUGUGAUACAUGUUAGUGUGUUGAAAUACGUUAGGCAUGGUUUUAGAUAUAUGACGUCAUAAUAUUCUAAUAGGAAUGUUAUAAACAAGUAAAUCCCGUUGCUACACUAGAGCUAUAAACGAACGUCAACCAGAAAGAUACUUCAAGGAAUAUUUCACCCAAGUUGCAAAAUUUCUGUACCUUUAACAAGUUCUUUUUUUCUGACAUUCAAAAUUAUUUAUAGGGUCAAAAAUAUUUCCUGCUGUCAAUUUACACAGCUGAAUUCGGUGGGAUACCUCUAAUCAUUAUAUAAUUGGACCGUCUAAACAUAUCUUUCUAAUAAGUGGUAGUGUAUGUCCGCUUGAUUUCCAUUCCAUUGGGAUAUCAGAAACUUAAGGUUCACUGGAUCAUAGAUACAAUGUAAAUACACAACUGUGUACAUUGUUUGCUUGUAAUUUUUGAUAAGAUCGAUUUUAGCUAAUAGUAUUACGUAUAACAAUAUUUAUACAGCUCGGAUAAUACAAAGCAAUUCGUUUUGAGGCAGGACAAAUGUAACGUUUGUAAAUUGACAAAACAAGGCGUAUAAAGAAUUGUCAAAAAUUAAGUAUCAUAAAUUCUUUUACAUGAUAGAGUAAGGCGUAAAAUCUCCAUAAGAACAAACAUCUUAUAUUUCAGUUCCUUUUUUAUAUUAAAAAAAAACUUGUGAAAAAUGUCCUUUAACACUCCGUAGAAACAGUUUACCUCUAUAUGAACCUAUUGAAUUUUUAAAUAACUUAUUAUGAUUAAUUAUCUACAUGAACAAUGACCGCGUUUCAAAUACAGUGACAGAAGCAUAAAUCAAUGUUUGUUUUUUUGUUUUUUGUUUUUUUUUUGUUUUUUGUAUUUUGGUUCCUUAUGUACAGUGUUAGAGUAUAUGUUACAGAUGUAUCAAUUUAAUAGAAAUAUGUUGUAUUAAUGAUUCUGUGAUUCCAUGAUUUCAUAUUGUGUUUGCAUUCCGACUCUGUUGAUUUUAAAAACAGAUAUUUUAUUCAUUUGAAUGGGAGAAUGUGAUAAAACCAUAACUGUCUCUAUUCGAUUCGUGUAGGUAUUUUGCCUACACAGUCGGUAAUUUGAAACUGUCUAAAGAGAGGAACUUUACGCGUCACGGUUCAAAUAGGAUACAAAGCUUUAAGAUUUAUUUCAAUAUUUAAAUCAUUGUCUUCAAAUUUUCCUAGCUUAGUCUGGUAUACUUGAAUGAAUCUCAGUGCUAUUUUUAGCAUAUCAUUGUAUGCUUUCCUUGGCUAGUUCAGAUCGUGAUAAAAUGCAUCUCUAAACAUCCUUUUUAAAUCUCAUUGAAAAAUUCAAUGCAUAAAAAGGUUUCAAUAUUUUAAUGGCACUUUGGAUUUUUUUCUUAUCUUUUUCUAAUAAGUUUGAUUUCAUUUCCGACCAAAUGUAAGAAUAUGGUUAAAUUUGAACUAAUGAUUAAAGAAAGACACUCUAUCAUUUAAAUAUUUCUUCAUAUGUAACUUUCAACAUUGGGACACUAUUAUGGAUCCUGUUUUCCCUUUGGAAUUGAGAAACAUCUUAUUUGUUUAAAAUUAUCUAAGUUUUAAUGACCUAUAUAUGUAUCUAAUGAUAAAUAUACGCCCUUCUACAUAAUGGAAUUAUUAUCAGUAUAACAAGAACUACGGAUACUGUUCCCAGUGCUAAGUUUAAAAUUAAUAAGUUUGAAUUAUUAAUUAUAUAAUUCCAUUAAUAUCAUAAUCAAAUUGUCAUUAAUAAUAUUGUAUAACAAUAUGUUUUAAGUUAUUUAUUAUAUUUUGUCUACCUGGUGAUACAUUUCGACAUUAAAACUCAAUUGAUUCCCAAUGAA